AAUUUGAAUUGUUUUGUUAUCUUACCAUUACCGAAAUUUAUUAUUGAAAUUCAUUAAAAGAUGUAAAUGUAUACAUUUUAAGCAUUGAUAAUAAACAAAUAAACACGUCACAGCACCGCUGGGUUUGUAAUGAACCUACUGCUACUUGAUUGAUAUCGAAUAAUUUUACAUAAAUGAGUUACAUUGAAAAACAGUCGAAAGACAGCUCGGAGAAUAAUAAAAAAUGCCAAAGGGAGGAAAAUGAUCACAUAGUAUACAUCAAAGAAGAAAUAACUGAAGAAGUUAAUAACGAAGAUGAUAAUAUACUAUCCCACGAGGAUUAUUCAGAUCAAUUAAUCACCACAAACGAUGACAAUAAAUCUCCCAUACCUUUCAUAAACGGUGAUUGCCCUCUUACAGUAAUCAUCAAAACUAAUGACGAAGACUCCGAAACCCCCGUCAAAGAGCAAAUCACCAACAAUACGAAUUCCCCGCAAAAGUACUACGAGUGUAACGAUUGCCACAAAUCCUUUAACCAACGCAAAAGCCUCAAAAAGCAUUUACUGAUCCACACGGGCGAGAAGAAACACCAGUGCACGAUCUGCCGAAAGUGCUUCGCCCACAAGAACGUUUUGAAAUCCCACGUGGCCAUUCACACGGGAGAAAGAAACCACCGGUGCGACCUCUGCGAGAAAUCCUUCAUCACGAGCAACGACUUGAAGCGGCACGUCAGCAUCCACACCGGCAGGAGGGAGCACCAGUGCCCCGUUUGCGAGAAGCGCUUCGUGAAAAACAACGAUCUGAAGAGGCACUUCGUGGUGCACGAGGCGAACAAGGUGAAGGAGUUCCAGUGCGACGUGUGCUCGAAGCUGUUCGGGCGACUGUGCGAUCUGAAGGCGCACGCGGCCCGCGAGCACAACACGGGCGAGAAAAUGCACAAAUGCGACGUUUGUGGUAAAACGUUCCUGCGCAGCUAUCACUUCAAAAGGCACAAGGCGAUUCAUGAUAGGGGAAAGGAGCCGGACGCGGUGGCGCUUCCUGACGGGGAGAAUCGGUGAUAGAAUUUCAGUAGAACUUCGCGAGAAUUAUUUUUUGUUUUAUAUUUUUUUAUAGUUAGAUGGCUAGAUUUUAUAUACAAAAGUUACAAAAUAA